AUGAAAAGGAAAAAAAGUCAAAAAAAACCCAAAGAAACUGAUAAUAAUAUUGGUGAUAAAAAAGAAAUCGUCAUAGAUGAAGAAGGAGAUGAAAUAUCUUUCUUAAAUAAUAAAGGAAAUGAAUACAUAUGUAAUGCUUUAAAUGAAAAUACAAUAAAUAAAGAACUUAAUAAUGAUGAAAUUUUUGAAGAAUUAAAUGAUAGAAUAUAUAACAAAUUAAAUGAAAAUAUAAAUUAUGACCUUUUAGAAGACGAGAUUUUUAAAGAAUUGAAUGAGAAAAUAUAUGAAGAAAUAAAAGAGAAUAUAAAAAAUGAUGAUAAAAAAUAUAAAGAAGAUAUUUUAAAUGAUAAUAUUUUUAAAGAAUUAAAUCGUGAUAAUCCUGAAGAAUUAAUUACAAAUGAAGAAAAUAAAAAUAUAAAUGACAAUAUAAUACCGUUCUUAUUAAAAAAAAAAUUAUAUGAAAAAAAUAUUGCACAAAUAGAACAACAAAUACAAAAUGAUAAAUUAAAUAAAAUGAUCAAAACGAAAGAAAUUAUUUUAGAUAUGCUUACUAUAAUUAAAAAUAGGAAAAUGAAUAUACUAUAA